AUGACAGUUGACAGUCACCAGAAAGCUCACCCAUAUGAUGGUCCCCAGGUUUCUGAACUAGGGUCCGAGACACAGAGUGCGACUCCUGAGUAUAAACGCCAUGCGGUGUACUCCCGCAGCGAAUGGCUUUUAGAAUCGAUUAGUUCCAUCCUGGCCCUUGGCCUCCUCAUUGCCAUUGCCGUUAUCUUCUGGUAUAUGGACAAAAAGCCUCUCUCUGCUUGGCGCGCCGGUGUCUCUCUCAACGCGUCAGUUUCUAUCCUGACAACUGCAUGCACUACGGCGUUGAUGCACGGGGUGAGCACGUUCAUUGGACAGUCUAAAUGGCUUCACUUCAAGAAUGGGCCUCGGAAACUCGAGGACCUUGAAACAUUUGACGGAGCCAGUCGCGGUGUUUGGGGAUCUAUUCUGCUGCUUACCGCGGUCAAGUGGAAUCUAGCCACCAUUGGCGCAUUUAUCACGAUCUUGCGACUUGCUUUCUCGCCAUUCGCGCAACAGGUCGUCCUGAUUGAGCAGCGAGACAUCAUCACUCCUUCUAAUACCGCUAGCUUCGGAUAUGCGCACAGUUACAUCGACACUACACUGACACGGGACCUUGGCAAUGCUUAUAUCGAAAACGUCCAGCAGGAUCCCGGUAUGCAGUCCGCCAUCAUCCAGGGCCUGUAUGGCCUCAAUACCACAGAAUCCUUCAAAUGCCCUGGGUUGUGUGACUGGCCCUCAUCGUACAUAUCACUUGGAUACAAAACCGAGUGCAGGAACGUCACCCAGGAAACAUUGCAAACAGCCACCUGCGGUAAAAUAUCUGUCCAGAACAUAUGCAACAUGACAACACCAGGCGGAGUCAACCUUACAACUCGCCAUGUAUUCACCGAUUCGGGGACAACAUACAACAUGAAUACUUCCUCGGUGCUCGACAAAUUAGCAUAUGGAAUGGGACCAUCCUUUCCCGAAAUCAUACGAUUCGGAAUCUACAGAUCGACCAUGGGCGGUAGUUUCCAAUUGACAAACCCGAACAUCACAGAAUGCUCUCUCUCUCUCACGGCCCACGAAUACACAGGUGCCAGGGCCAAUGGUAGUGAUUUCUCUGUGGUAAAGCGGGAGGUUGACUUCGGCGUGAAGAAUCCCUGGGCGCUCAAGGGGAACUCAACAGACCUGAAUUUCAAUUACAUAUACACCAAUGAGACAACGAAUGGUGAUCUCCAUAUUCCUGCGCUCGAAAUGACAUAUGGUACUAUCACCUCGCUGGCAGCUUUCUUCCAGUCAACGACAGUGGUCAGCGACUGGAUCACGGGGAAUGUGCGCGGUCAGAACCUUGGGUUUGCCACCGCUCUAUCUGGAGACGUGGAUCUUGGUGACCGAUUCGACAAAAUGGCGAAUGGCAUGUCGAUGUAUAUGCGCUACGGUCCAAAUACCCUGGCCGCGCAUGGAGAGAUAAGACAGAGCGAGCCACAUGUUUUCAUCCGCUGGAGGUACUUCAUUGUCCCGAUUUUGAUUGAGGCGUUCGCAAUUUUGUUCGCUAUCUUAAGUAUAUUUAGCAAUCGUCCCAGCCGCCGUGUUCCCCUGUGGAAAUCUUCGACGCUUGCUGUGUUGGCUUGUCAGCAUGAGGAGCGGCUUGGACUCCUACAGACUACGGGCAAGGAUCUUGAGGAUCUCGAGAUCGAGGCUAAGAAGGCUGAGGUACAGCUAAGAUAG